CGACAAACAGAGCCGAUGAUUAUCUCCGUCGGUAGCUUCAAUAGCGUCUUUCUUAGCCCCACAAUUGCUACCUCCGCCAUGGAAACCAUCUCCUACAUCUCCCUAUCUUUAGCUCUCCUCCUCUUCGUCAAACUCCUCUUCUUCUCCAAGAACACGAGGAACCUCCCACCAAGCCCUCCCUCCCUCCCCUUCAUCGGUCACCUCCAUCUACUUAAGAAGCCCCUCCACCGCACCCUCGCCAGCCUCUCCGACCGCCACGGUCCCGUCCUCCUCCUCCGCUUCGGUUCCCGCCCGGUCCUCGUCGUCUCCUCCCCUUCUGCCACUGAAGAGUGCCUCUCGAAGCACGACAUCGCCUUCGCCAACCGUCCCCGGCUUCCCUCCCUGAAACUCCUGAGCUACAACUACACCUCCCUUGCUGUAGCCAACUAUGGACCCCAUUGGCGCAACCUCCGCCGCAUCGCCACCGUCGAGGUCCUCUCCACACAUCGCCUCAACGCCUUAUCCGGUAUUCGCAGCGGAGAGGUCCAGGCCAUGGUGCGCCAACUCGUUCGGGACUGGCAGGCCACGAAAGCGACGGAUGGGUUCGCGAGAGUGGAGCUGAAGUCGAGGAUGAGCGCUCUAUCUUUGAACGUGAUCAUGCGGAUGAUCGCAGGGAAGAGGUUCUACGGGGAGGAGGAAGAAAAGGCGGGGAUCUCCGAGGAGGUGAGGCGGUACCGGAAGUACGCGGAGGAGGCGGAGCCGGCGAUCGGAGCAUCGAAUCUGGCUGACUUCUUGCCAGUGCUGCGAUGGGUCGAUUACCAAGGAGCUAGCAAGAAGUUGGCGAGGUACCGAAAAGGAAGGGAUGAAUUGAUGCAGAGGCUUAUUGACAUGCAUAGGAGGGAAGGCAAGGAGGAAGGGGUGGAGAAAAAGAGUAUGAUGGGUGUGAUGCUAUCGCUACAGGAGACGGAUCCCGGGUACUACACCGACGAAGUGAUCAAAGCACUUGGUUUAGGUUUAUUAGCAGCAGGCACAAGUACUUCACCUGACACAGCUGAGUGGGCGAUGACUCUCCUCCUCAACAAUCCUGAAGCGUUGAAGAAGGUGAGGGACGAGAUUGACGCUCAAGUAGCAAAUCAUGACCGCCUGCUGGAGGAAUCAGAUCUCUCCAAUCUUCCUUACCUCCAGUACGUCAUCACCGAAACUCUUCGGUUGUACCCAGUAGUCCCACUCAUGCUGCCUCAUGAAUCAUCCCAAGAGUGCAACGUGGGAGGUUUUCAUAUUCCACGCGGAACGAUGCUGCUGGUCAAUGCAUACUCAGUUAACAGGGACCCCAAGGUAUGGGAGGAGCCUGCAAGGUUCAUGCCGGAAAGAUUUGAGGGUGGGAAAGGGGAAGGGAAGUUGAUGAUCCCCUUUGGGAUGGGAAGGAGAAGGUGCCCUGGUGAAGGCCUUGGAAUGAGGGUGGUUGGCCUAGUAUUGGGAGCCUUGAUCCAGUGCUUUGAGUGGGAAAGAACUGGAAAGGAGGAGGUGGACAUGGCAGAAGGCUCGGGUCUAUCUAUGCCCAAGGCUAUUCCUCUAGAGGCCAUGUAUCGGCCACGCCAAAUCAUGCUGGAUACUCUCGAGAAAUUCUGAGUCGUUUCUGCACGCUUGGUAUGUAAUCCAAGAGGAUCUAGUAAGAUCCGUUUGGUAGUAGUUCGACUCUGUGUGUAGCUCCUUCAAUAACUAGUGUUCGGUUUAGCCGGAUGCAGAUCUACUUUGUCAGAUUUCUUCUUUGGAUAUAUGGUCAGCCCCGUAGGCUAUCACGCGAAUCAUUUACUAUUGACAGA